CGAGGAGAAGGUCAAGAGAUUAGAAGGCGGAUAUAUGAGAUGUCUGAAGAUGUUGGACCGUACAUGUUGGUACAUUACUUAGGUGAGAAUUCACGAUUACGGAGACCUCGUAGACACAUCCAGUUUGGCCAACAGAUGUUUGCACAAACCACGCCUCAAGAGGAACUCAAGAAAGUCGAAGAGGAGCUGGAUAUUUCUGAUGUUUCUGAAGUGCAGAAGAUCACAGAAAACACUCCUGUCAACAGCAAACCACUUGCAGAAACCUUGAUGUCAGCGAGCAUGGAGCAAAAUCCAAACACUGGCGAAGAGUCAGGCAACUUUCUCAACCCCAAAGACAUAAUGGCGACUCAAAUGAUGUGCAGGGAGCUGAAGGACUUCGUUGUUCAUAUGAGUGUUUACCCAGACGUGAUUAUCGUCGCUGCUUUGCCCGAGAUGACUGAGCAGUUCCAAGUGAUGCUGAAGAAUUCAGAUCCAUGCGUAACGCAUAUCCUCUACUACAACAGCACAUUUAACCUGGAGAACUUCUACGUGACGCCUCUUCUUUUUUGCCACAAUGAUUUUGAGGAGAGCCCAACUUUUCCGUUAGCUUUCCACAUUCACCAGUGCCAGAAAGAGAGAGCUCACACCAUAUUUCUAGAGGAACUUCUAUGUCUUCUGCCAGAUCUGAACUCCAAUCGAUUCGUGAUUUGCACUGAUUGCGAGGCUGUCGUCGAGAACUCUGUCAAAAAUGUCUUACCCAACGCUUCUGCAUUCAACAGCUUCCGUCAAGUUCUGUACCAUCUGAGAUACAAAGUGAUGUUUUGUGAAGAGGAUGACAUUGAGGACAAUGUGCAAGGGUACAUGAACAAUUUGAAGAGUCUUAUUUGUUCGGAAACUGAAGAACAAUGGAGGGUUAAACUUGGUUACUUUUCUGUUACCUGGAGCACUGCCUUCCUUGAGUACUUCCAGAUGCACCUGGAGGCCCUGACAAAAAGGUCUGCCAGGUUUACCCUCAAAGCACUUGGCCUACCAGAAGAUGAAAAGAUCACUAGUACUUUUCAAGAACUCAGUAUGAUGCUGAUACAGAUGAGGCAUAGGAAACUCAGACUGGAAACGACUGUAUUCACGACAUUCCAGAUCUCGAUGUACUUCCUAAACGAAGUCUUGAGAAGCAGUUGCAACAUGGGGCCCUACAAACCCACUCCCGCAAGCUCCAGAAGUGCUACCGACAUGGAUGAUGUUGACUUCCCAGAGUUUGUUAUGACCCCGAAAGAGAUUGUCCACUUCUUUAAGAACAGUUUGGCUGAUGACAGUGACACCAUGCCAGAGCAGGAGGCAUCAGGAGGGUACGACCUGGCAUCAAUGCGACCAAUGGCAGAACUGAUCAUUGAGAAGAACAAAAUAAGUCUUGAGCCCAGCAUAAAGUUGUUCUUUGUAACGGGGUGGAGGGGCCAGAAAUACGUUGUUAAAGUCUACCCAGAAGAACGAUGCUCUUGCUUCUUGGCUCACCACUGCUGCCACAUACUGGCGGCACGUACGGCUAUCGGAUUAGAGAAGGAAAAGAAGGAAAAACCUUCCUUCAGAUUAUGGAAAAUGUGUCGGACGGCUGAAACAACACCAUCGGGGGAAAAGGGAACCAGUGUUGUACCUCUGAAGGAGGUCAAGUUCACACAGUGUUUCCCAGACGCUUGUGGUGGCGACGCUCACAAUAAGAAUUACCUGAUCCUAGAGGACUCCAGUUCUAGCAGUGAAUCUGAGGAAGCUAACGAAGACUCUGAAUAAAACCUUCCCAUCACA